AUGUUUAAGAAAGAGAAUUUUAAUAGGUUAAAGAAAAUAAGCUUUAGCAAGGCGAAAUAUUUUCCAUCUAUUGCCGAUUAUUUGAACUCAUACAAUGAUUGCUUAGUAGCGCGCAAUCUCCGAGGCGGCUGUUUUGGGAUCUUAUGUGCUGUAAUACGGCGUAGUAAAAACGGGAUAUUCAGAAGUGUUUUACAGUCCUAA